UCUAUUAUCCAGCGUGCGUCAUCAGCGGGCUCGCAAAACCACGUCCAACGGUACCGGCAUAGCGGAGCGAAACCCGUCACCCAUCGCCCCAAACCCAGCAACCGGUACAAAAGCAGGUCGUCAACGCGCGAACGCCAAGAACUGGCCAGCUUUUAUUCUCAUCACUUGUCUCCCGCUUUCGCGACCAACGCGCACACACACACGGCGACGAACGAUGGCGACCAUCGUAACCCCGGCGCGUUCAUUGACUUUGACGCUGAUGCUGACCAUCUUCCUGCGGGCAGCGCUCUCCCAAGACAUACCGUACUAUAUGCACCGCUGUGAACGGGAUGCGGCCGACGUGAACGACUGCCUGCGGUACGCCGCGAACAAGCUGGCCAGCUUCAUACGGCGAGGAAUUCCGGAGAUCGGUAUUGUUGAUGUGGAACCGGUCGUGGUGGAUGAGAUCAGCAUUGCGCUCGGCAGCGGUCCCGAUGGGUAUCGGGCCAGCUUCCGCAACAUCGAGGCGUACGGCGUAAGCAACCUGUCGAUCGUGAACGUGCGCUCCGACAUCGACUCGAUGCAGUUCCAGAUGACGAUCGAGAUCCCGAAAAUCAAAGCCACGGCCCAGUACCAAUCGUCCGGUGUGCUGCUGCUGCUGCAGGCGUCCGGUGCCGGCGAGUACUGGGGAGAGUAUGAGGGCGUUAAGGCAAAAACUUACUUCAAGGCGACCCCGUACCAGGGAGACGAUGGCAUGACCUACCUAACGGUCGACCAGACCAAGAUGGACUUUAGCGUGAAGGAGAUCAAAAUGGGCGUGGAAAACAUCGCCAACCAGAACGCCAUUAUUCAUGCCGCCAUGAAUCUGUUCAUCAACACGAACGCCCAGGAGCUGCUGAAGGAGAUGAAGCCCCAGCUGCGCACGAAGCUGACCGAGCAUUUGCAAUCCUUCCUGCAGCAGCUGUUCGAUCGCAUUCCGGUGGAGCAGUGGUUGGACUAGCGACGGCGAUUGCGGAACAAAACAAAACGCUUCCCCCUUCGUGCUAAUAUUUAUUGUAUUUGUUGUAAUAAAAAAAAUCGAGUGAAUAAAUUGAAAGCUUCGACGCUGAAUGGUGUCGAGUUGACUGAGAGUAA